AUGGCUGAAUUGUUCGCCGGAAAGCCUUUGAUCAACCAGAAAGGAGAGACCGUCGACGGAGGAGAAGUCCUCCACGGAAAGAAGGUGAUCGCCCUUUACUUCUCGGCCAUGUGGUGCGGAUCCUGCCGUCAAUUCACCCCGAAGGUCAAGAGAUUCUACGAAGCCGUCAAGGCGGCCGGAAAGGAACUUGAGAUUGUGCUCGUUAGCAGGGACCGCGAGGCCGAGGAUCUUCUCGAGUACCUCGGACAUAACGGAGACUACUACGCCAUUCCGUUCGGAGAUGAGAGAAUUCAGUCAGUCCCUACGUUCCCCGUCGCUUCUUCUAAUUGUGUCGUUUUUGCAGAGAGUACCUGAAGAAGUACGAAGUGCCGACCAUUCCGGCGUUCAAACUCAUCAACGACAAGGGAGAACUGCUCCACGAUGGCCGUGCCGACGUGACUGAGCGCGGAAAGGACGAGCCCGUCGCCGUUUUCGAUGAGUGGGCCGAGAAGUACCCAGCCAACUGAGCUUUCGGAUUCCGUACAAAAUUCCAACUUUUCGAAUAAUUCUGUGUAUUUUUUUGUAAAAUUGAAAACUCUGCCCUUCAAUAUAAACUUUAUUCAUUCCACUUCUUUACCUCGUCUUUCCCGUCACAACGCUCUGCCGACUCCUACGGAAAUGUGUUUCACAUUUCUCGCAAUUGUUUGAACGGAUCCUUUUAUGGAAGGAAGACUGUGCAUUUGACGACCACUUCGAAGGCACUGGAAUCAUUAGAUAAUUGUGAAGCAGACAGCAGAGAAUCAUUUUCCCAGAAUCGUACGAAUAUGGAAAAGAGUAAUACCAGUUUGAGUAAACGCAUUCACGGCCCGGCUUUUCAUACAUAGGACUUUCGGUUUUUCAAUAUAUCUCCGGAAAUCGAACAUAGGGACCUCUGAUUUUUUGAUAAGAGUUCAAUUUUAUUGGGUUCUUCAAAAUGAGCCAGGUCAGAGGUAAAUGUAUGGUUUCUGAGAGAAGUUACAGCUUCACAAUUUCCACUCCUCCGUAUGCUUUGCCGGCCCGUGGCACUUGGAAGUUUCCAGAAUAACUGACUUCUCCGCGAUCAUCGGUUUCUCAUGAACAAUGGGUUAUCAUUUCUGACUCCCACAGUCAAUUGGUUUUCCAAUAUUUCGUGAGACAAAUGAUACUGCCAGUUCCAUAUAAAUACGAGUGUCUAUGACCGAGACUUCAUCAUUCUGAAAAUGAAUUUCUUCGUGCUCCUUCUGCUCGUCGCCCUCUUCUGCGUCGCCUCGAUCGAAUCCGGAGAUGCUGCCGGAGCCCCGGACGUCGGAGGACUCUUCAGUGGAAUCAGUGGACUGAUCGGAGGCAUCGGAGGACUCGCUGGAAAGAAAUAA